AUGUUCGCUGUCCGUAUUGUUACGGCGGAUUAUUACCUUGCCAGUCCCGUGAAAAACCUGGAUGUGUGCUUUUCUGAAUUCCGAGAGAGCGAAGUGAAGAGGGUGCCUGUGGUGCGGAUCUUUGGAGCCACCCCCGCAGGUCAGAAGACUUGCCUCCAUCUUCAUGGCAUCUUUCCUUACAUCUAUGUUCCAUACGAUGGCCUUGAGCAGCAGUCGGAGCGCUACCUGCGGCAGUUGGCUUUUAGCAUUGACAGAGCCCUGAAUGUGACCAUGGGAAACCCUGGCUCCAGCGUGCAACAUGUCUUCAAAGUGGUGCUGGUGUCUGGCAUGCCUUUCUAUGGGUACCAUGCCAAGGAGAAGUACUUUAUGAAAAUAUAUCUGUACAAUCCUCAGAUGGUGAAACGGGUAUGUGAGCUGCUGCAGAGUGGAGCCGUCAUGAAUAAGAUGUAUCAACCACACGAGGGCCACAUUCCAUACCUGCUGCAACUCUUCAUUGACUACAACUUGUAUGGCAUGAACUUGAUUAACCUGGGGGCUGUCAAGUUUCGCAUCAGCAAAGAUGCUCCACGGUCACAGAGUGAAUACCAUAACAGCAGUAGAUCCAGUAUAAGCCCCUGGAAGAGCCCAUGCACUUCCAGAGUGACUGAGAGCAUGUUGGGCCGCUGGGAUGAGGGAUCCCUGCCUUGUUCCCUGGUCCUGCCAGACCUGGAGAAGCACAGCACCUGUGAGCUGGAGGUAGAUGCCGUGGCUGUGGACAUCCUGAAUCGUCUUGAAAUUGAAAACCAGAUUGGCAGAAACCCUGGACUACAGUCCAUCUGGGAAGAUGAGCGGCAGCGGCGGAGAGAGAGGAACCAACCCUCACAGCUUGAACCUCCUCACUCCCAAGAUCGUGGUUUGGUCCCAUCGACCGACAGUGAAAGGAGUUUCCUCCAGAGACUGAGGGAGAUUUUGAAGGAGAAUGACUUUGAUAUAACACAGCAGUCCGAGUCAGAGCAGGAAGACUUUGAGCUCACCAUCCAUUCAGAGACUUUUGAGUUGCCUCCAUGUACACCAGCUAAUGUGCUGGAUGUACAUCUGGACUCGCAACCAGACUUGUCCAGAGGCUGUGCUUUGCUUCCAGAGGAGGCUGUUGUGGAUGAAGAAGCCAUUUUGAAUCUGCUUGAAAACAGUCAGGAGUUCCUCCAGCUCACUCAAAACUCCAACCAAAUCCCUGAUGACAGCAGUCAGGAUCAUGGCAUCAUCAACUUGUUGACUAGCCUGGAGAAUGACACCUUCUGCAGGAGUCAGCAAUGCUCCCCACCAAAGCCCUUUUCAGGUAUCAGAAGUUACCAGGGCAACAGUGAUGAUGAGGAGGUGGAGCCAGAUGUAGACAAAGAGGAUGCAGAGCUUAGUGUUAUCAUGUCACAACGCUGGGACAGUCAGUCACCUGAUUUGUUACUUCAUCCAAGUGUGCCUACUGAAGAGGCACAAGAAGCAUCAGAUGAAGAAAUGGAAUGGGGCAGGAAUAACUCUGAGCUGGCUGACCUGUUCAUCCCUCAAGUGGAUGGAACCGCCGAUGAGAACAGUGAUUCAUCUCUAACGGACAGUAGCUCUAGGAGCCAGUCAUCACUUACAGAGAGGAUGCACAAUAAGAGGAAUGCAUUUCCUUUGGACUGCAAACACCCUCAGUUGCAAGACUCUGAGCCCCUUGCCAACGAGCAUUUUGAAAUAACGGGCAGCGCUCAUACCAGCAGUGAUCUUCCAGGUGGAUCUAGAGUUAACAAAGAUAUUCCCUACAUCCCACCAGUCAAACACCCUAUCUCCUCUAAGUCAGCAAGAGCAGCUGGAGCUUCUCCAAACAGUCUCAGUCAGGAGGGCAAUGGAACACUCUUCAAAAAUGCCUCUGUUAGUUUGGACAAGACUGAUCUUGAUAUUUUACCAUUUGGUCCUGGAAAAGCUACUAAAAACAGUAAUGCAUUUGACAGUCUUAAGAGUGUGGAGACACACUGUCUGCCUAUGCUCCAAAACCACAGGACAUUAUUUUGUUAUUCUGGGUUAAGAAACUGUUCAAAUAAAGGAGAUCUUGAAAUUAGUCAGAAGGAGAGCAACAUGAAGGUUAUGGUCCAUUCUACUAUGCUACAGAACACAGGGCACACUAGUGAAGAGGGCCAUGUGGGCGAACUCAAAAUUUGCUAUGAAGACUACAGGGAGAACAAGACUGAAAAGACAAUCGUGGCACAACAAGAAGCUCAUUAUAAGUUUUUCCCUAGUGUCAUCCUCUCCAAUUGCCUUAACAGGAAAAAAUCGGGAAACAAAAAAGUGCUUGAUACUUGCAACAAGCUUGAAGACACUCAGCCCAGAAGAUCACGAUUAAAGCUGAACAAAAAGAAGGUAAUGAUGGACCCAGUAGAUGGUUCCCUUGAGAACACAAAUGUUAUCGCUGGACUGGACACAGCAACAGCUUCUGCUGAUUCAGACACAUUAUAUACAGAUGAUUCUCAAACAACAGCUGCAGAAGGGAGCAAACAUCCAACAACAACAGAGACUGUAACCAAAUGUGAACAGGAAGAAUCGGAUGAAAAAAAUGAACAGGUUAAAACUACAGUAGAACCCCCUCCUCCAUGUUCCCCUAGCUGCUCUGAAGACCCUACUGUACCAGCCGAAGUUAGCUCUGUCGUGACUAGUGCACUUCCUGGAAGCAAGUAUGCUUUAAGAGCUAAACGUAAAAUGAUCCGUGAAACUGAGGAGGGGGAACCGUCUGGUGUAAAAACUCUCACUUCUAUCUCAGAGCGUCCCAAAGACAGUUGCACUUCUCCUCAAGACUACAAAAGCAAAAAGCGUUGCAGGAAAGAGCCACCAGUCAUCAUCAAGUACAUCAUAAUCAACAGGUUUAAAGGUGAGAAGAAUAUGCUGGUUAAAGUGUCCAAAAUCCAAGCAGAGGAGCAGAGAGUCUUGUUAACACAUGAAAAGUUGGAACUAUACAACAAACUAGCCCCUCUCAAAGACUUUUGGCCCAAAGUCCCAGAAUCUCCAGCUUUGAGGUUUCCAAUUCUUGAGACAAAAUCAAAAAAAUACAUUAGACGAAAGAGCAAACCUGUCAAAAAAGUGUUGAAAAACUUUAGUAAACCACCAUUUAAAUUGUCUGAAAGGGACUGUAAGAGAGAACUGUAUCUCCCCUCCCUGCCACCUCCUCGACCCUGCUACUGUGAGUUGGCCCAGGACCAUGAUUCUCACUAUUCUGAUGUCAUGGUGGAGUUGGGCUACCUCUCAGAUACAUCUCUGAGCCCUAGAGAUUCUACCCCACCAAGAUGUUGGUCACCUAGUGACCCACUAAUGUUAGAAAACCCUAUCCCUGAACAUUUGAUAAACCCCCUGAGUGACCCCUGUCUUAGUUCAGCUUCUGUAUAUGCCACUAAAACCCUACCAAGGAAGUGUUCAGCUGUCAAGCCAACAAAAACCUCUGCUCAAAGAACAAGUAAAUGUCUAGGUAAAUCUUUUAAUUGUGAGACCAAAAAUGUAACGACAAGAAAAAAAGAACUGAAAAGAAUUGAAAAGACGACAAAGUACUAUACUAGACCAAGGACUUACAGCAAAAAGAAGACUGAAGUGCCUAAAGACCACACAGAAGCUGCAAACAGCUCCCAACCACUCCCACUUGAAGAGGACACAGCUCUUUCUCUAAGCCCUUCACAGGAGGUACCUCCAUUUCUGCACCCAGUUGGAACAGAACCAUGUGUUCUGAAUGCAAAUUGUUCUGCACCCAAAUCCAUACAACCAAAAAUUGAAUGCGAUGCCUCGGUAAUGGAAGUGAACAAUCGUGUUUCCCAGCCUGAUCAGGACAGACUUUCAGGCACUUGUGUAGAAGCAGACCAGUCAAAGGCAAUUGUGACACUGUCUCCUCUGUCAGAAUCUGAACAGCAUGGGCCACUCCCAGCUUUCUCAAAUGGCCCUCCUGGCGUGGUUGUUCUCAAGAAACUGCUGCAGAAACGAUCCCAAGAACAGAACUCGUCACUACAUGACUACAAAUCUAGACCUGCAAAAUCUACUGCUCCUAAAUGCAAAAAGUCUAGGAAAGGCAUAAGAAGCAACAAACAAGCUGAAAGCCCCACAUUGUCAGAAUCACACCUGGACAGUUGUAAGUUCAUAGAAGACAGUCUGUCACCAGAACUUCCACACAACAACUUUGAUAUAAAUGCCAUAGACCAGGCAGACCUCUGCUGCCCAUACAGCAGCAGUCAGUUUGUCCUAACUGAUAAGAACCUUCCCCUCAAGUUCCUGAGUGAUGCUUCUCAGGAUGGCCUUACAUCUCAGACUCUAGUCCCAGAGAAGAAGAAUGUCAGGGUGUUGGGUCUAGGAGAGGAUCUUCACAAAAUUAGUGUCUGUCCAGAAGACUUUGACCGACCAGAAAACACUGAGCCUGGAACCACCCUCUCCUCAGACUCUGAUCAAGUCAAAAGCACAGAGUGGGACUUGACAUCAAGAGAGGCCCACAGCCAUUUCAAGGACUUCCACUGUGAGAGAAAGGAGCUUCUCUUCUCAUCACUGGAUCCAUUACCCCUGACUUCUGUGUCCUUUGCUGAUAUCUCUCCCACCAGUGAUCUCUUGGAGGGCAUUGAUGGCCUGACCUCCAGCACUCCUAGCAGCUCACCCCGCUCUGUCAGUUCUCUAUCUCAGGCCAGAGCCAGUCCUCGGGGGACCAACAUCCUGAAGCCCCUCAUGUCUCCACCCAGCAGAGAGGAACUCUGUGGGACACUUAAAGACUUGGAGAUAUCAGAGGCCACCUUUGAGGAGCCCUUCUGUAGUGAUCCCUCUGAUGCUCCGGGAAAACCCAUGGAAGUUGGGGGCCGUAAGCUGACUGUUGGCACCAGGCUGACCUCAGAGCUCCCAGAAUUCACUGGAGAAUUGUCCGUGGAUGGCCUGCAUUUCUGGAAGACGGCAUUUUCAGCUAUGAGCCUACCCUGUGCCACAGUCGGCCUCAAGACCAGAAGACCAGCUCAAUCCUCAGAUAGCGACAAACAAGUUAUGCUGCUGCCCUGUAAAAGCCCUCCGAGCAGGCAACGCGUGCAGCUCUGGCUGGAGGCACACAGAAGACACAGGCAAUUGGAAAAAGAAAAAAAGGCUUCAGAAGAACAGGAGGCACCCCAGCUGUGUAUCCAGCCCAUUCUUGGGACACAGCAUGAGAGGCCCUACUCAUCUACACCAAUUUCUCCUCUAAAGAAUUCCGAAUCUUCAGACACUGAUCUGGUGUUAAACGAAGAAGACAUGGAAGUUCUUUCUCCCGACAGCCCUGAUCUUCCGCCAUGGCAGCAACCAAUUCAAAGCAGCCAACAAUCACCCCUGAGCUCAGGGCACCCAUUAAGGGGGUCCAGCUCCCCAGGUCAUGUGAAUGCCACUCCUCACAGCCAGGACAGCCCCCUCACCAUGAAAACCCCACCUGUCUGCAGCACACCCAUCCUUGAGAAGGACGUUGUCAGUGUGCAAGAGCAGCAGGAGAGGAAGAGCCAAGCCAAACCUCUGCAUAGGCUCAUCCUCAGUUCCCAAAUCAAGAAUCAGUUUGCAAAUCUGAAUAUACCAAGAAAGGAGAACUCCCAGAUUGAAGGACCAAGCAUAGCAAAUUCAUAUGGCUUCAAAGUCAGCAUGCAGAAUCUGCAGGAGGCCAAAGCUCUACAUGAGGUGCAGUACAUAACUCUGAUGGCCAUGGAGUUGCAUGCUCGGACGCGUCGUGACCUGGAACCUGAUCCAGAAUUUGACUCCAUCUGUGCUUUAUUCUACUGCCUGAGCUCGGACGUCCCUCUGCCCGGUGCCUCAGACAACCUGGUCACCGGGGCUAUUGUGGUGGAGACAGAACACCCAAGCCAGGCACAAGGUCAUCGAGGGUGUGCUCCCCUCUUGGUACGCUCGGGAGUGACUGGUCUGCAGGUCACCUAUGUGCCCAAUGAGCUGAGUCUGUUUGACGAGCUUGUUACAGUAGUCAGAAGGUAUGACCCUGACAUGCUGCUAGGGUAUGAGGUUCAGAUGCAUUCCUGGGGCUAUCUCCUACAGCGCUCGUCUGCACUGGGAGUAGACUUGUGUCAGCAACUGUCCCGCAUCCCAGGUGACACCAAAGACAACCGCUUUGCUGCAGAACGGGAUGAGUAUGGCGCUGACACCAUGACAGAAAUUCACAUUGUUGGGCGUAUCAUGCUAAAUCUAUGGAGGAUAAUGAAAUAUGAGGUGGCACUGAAUAACUAUACCUUUGAGAAUGUGGCAUUUCAUGUACUGCACCAGCGCUUCCCUCUGUACAGCCAUCGCACUCUCUCUGACUGGUUUGACCACAACACUGACCUCCACAGGUGGAAAAUGGUGGAUCAUUAUGUCAGUAGAGUACGAGGCUCCAUGCGGCUUCUUCAGCAACAGGACAUUAUUGGCCGAACCAGUGAACUGGCACGAGUCUUUGGCAUCCAGUUCUACCAUGUUCUUACCCGUGGCUCACAGUACCGGGUGGAGUCCAUGAUGCUGCGUGUGGCCAAGCCCCUUAAUUACAUCCCCGUGACUCCAAGUGUGCAGCAGCGAGCCCAGCAGAGGGCGCCACAAUGCAUUCCUUUGGUUAUGGAGCCAGAGUCGCGCUUCUACAGUAACUCUGUGGUGGUGCUGGAUUUCCAGUCUCUUUAUCCUUCCAUCGUCAUCGCCUACAACUACUGCUACUCCACUUGUUUGGGACACAUGGACAGUCUUGGAACGCCUGAUGAGUUUAAGUUUGGCUGUACAUCCCUCAGAGUUCCCCCCUAUCUCCUCCACCAGUUACGUCAUGAGAUCACUGUGUCACCCAAUGGGAUUGCUUUUGUCAAGUCAUCUGUGCGUAAAGGCAUCCUGCCCAGCAUGCUAGAGGAGAUCCUCAACACUCGUAUCAUGGUUAAACAAUGUAUGAAGACUUACAAGAAUGACAAGGCUCUGCUAAAGCUGUUGGAUGCACGGCAGCUUGGCCUCAAACUGAUUGCCAACGUCACCUUUGGUUACACUGCAGCAAACUACUCUGGACGAAUGCCCAGCGUUGAGGUUGGGGAUAGCAUUGUUCACAAAGCCAGGGAGACAUUGGAAAGAGCUAUCAAGAUGGUGAAUGAGACCAAGAAAUGGGGUGCCAAGGUGGUCUAUGGAGAUACAGACAGCAUGUUUGUGUUGCUGAAGGGAGUCACUAAAGAGCAAGCCUUUAAGAUUGGGAAUGAGAUUGCUGAGGCUGUGACAGCUACCAACCCAAAACCAGUGAAAUUGAAGUUUGAAAAGGUGUAUCUCCCCUGCGUGCUUCAGACUAAAAAGCGAUAUGUGGGAUACAUGUAUGAGAGCCUGGACCAGAUAAGGCCUGUUUUUGAUGCCAAAGGCAUAGAGACAGUGCGCCGAGAUGGCUGUCCUGCUGUUUCCAAGAUCCUAGAGAGGUCCAUUAAGCUGCUGUUUGAUACACGGGACAUCAGCCAGGUCAAGCAGUUUGUCCAGCGGCAGUGCGUCAAAGUACUGGAGGGCCGAGCCAGUGUCCAGGACUUAACUUUUGCCAAAGAGUACCGUGGGGCUGGAGCAUACCGCCCUGGAGCCUGUGUGCCUGCUCUGGAGCUCACCAGGAGAAUGAUGGUGUAUGAUCGACGGCAGGAGCCCAGAGUGGGUGAGCGCGUGCCCUAUGUGAUAAUCUACGGUAUGCCCGGUUUACCUCUAAUCCAAUUGGUUCGUCGACCCAUGGAGGUGCUACAGGACCCCAGCCUGCGCCCCAAUGCCACUUACUAUAUCACCAAACAGAUCCUGCCUCCCAUCGCCCGCAUCUUCCAGCUUAUUGGAGUAGACGUGUUCAGCUGGUACCAGGAGCUGCCUCGAGUCCAAAAGGCCUGGUGCUCAUCUGCAGGAGGGGGCUCUCUAGAGGCCGGGAGGAAAGGCACCAUCUCUCAAUACUUCACCACGCUGCACUGUCCUGUAUGUGACCAGCUCACACAGCUGGGCGUGUGCUCCAGUUGCAGAAGCCAGCCGCAGCGUGUUGCAGUCACUUUGUGGUCAAACCUGAGGGACUGUGAGAGCCAACAGGAUGACCUGUUGCAGAUCUGCCGGAACUGCAGUGGCUGCACUGAACGACAAGUGCCCUGUGUCUCUUUGGACUGUCCCGUACUCUACAAACUGUCCCGGGUUGGCAGACAGCUGUCGAGGGCCCCAUACCUCCGACAGCUGCUAGAACAGUUCUGAUUGGUUCCCAUCAUUUCAAACCAUUUAAAUGGUGUUUGGAUCUAUCUGUUGCUUUGACUGCUCAGAGUAUUGUCUCUGUGCUGUGCUGUUCAUGUGGAGGAAGAGUGCAAAGGACUUUUAAGCCUGGGACUGUUGCAAUAAUGCCUAUAAUUAGUUGAACAACUAUUUUCUUGCGUUACUCAUUCUGUAAGACAUUUGUGCUGAAAACCUCAGUUUGGAGAGGAGUCAAAAUGUACAAAGACCUGUGAAGGACCUGUUUGUAAUGGGAACUGUGUGCAGAGAAGUAUUAAAUCAACAACGAUA